CCCUUAUACUUUCAGUAGGGGAAACCAUGUGCAUGACAUCAGAUGAGAUCAACUACCUUGUAUACCGUUACCUUCAGGAGUCUGGUUUUGAGCACACAGCAUUUGUGUUCAAUCUGGAAUCACACACAAACAGCUGUAACAUUGAUGGAACUUUAGUACCACCUGGUGCUCUCAUUUCAAUAUUACAGAAAGGCUUGCAGUUUGUACAGGCUGAGAUAUCCCUAUCAGAUGAUGGACUGUUAGCAACAGACAGUGAUUCGUUAAGUUUAAUAGAAGCUGUUAUACCUGAUAUUUAUGGUAUAAGCUCAAGGACAAUGACUAAUGCAGUUCCUAAGUCUUAUGACAUCGAUAACAAUGAAAACGAUAUCCCUCAUGUCAAAUUUGAGGAUCCAGAUGUCACAAUGAUGCUUGACACGGUAGAGGAACAACCUGCUUUUGAAAAUGGGACUUCCUUGCCAUCAGAAAACUUUCAGACUGAAGAACAGGACGAGGAGUCCAAAGAAACUGUUUUUAUCAAUAAGGAUAAUAUAAGACAUUUCCCGCAUGACAAAGAAGUCUUCAGUUGUGUUUGGAAUCCAGUAACCGACAAACUAGCUACUGGAUCAGGUGAUAGCACUAUCAGAAUAUGGGACAUGGUGGAUACCUCGAAAGAGCCAAUAGUAUUAAAACAUGCUACGUGUAGUGGGAAUGAUAAGAAAUUAGAUAUAACAGCUUUAGAUUGGAGUCCCAAUGGAGAGUUCUUAGCAAGUGGGUGUUUGAAUGGCAGCACUAAAAUCUUUAAGAGUACUGGCGAACUCUUACACACCUUCAAAAUACAUGGUGCUCCAAUAUUUGCAUUAAAAUUCAAUUGCAAAGGACAAUAUCUAGUGACUGGAGGGAUGUCCCCCUCUGUGGUUGUUAUUGAUCUUCAGACUGCACAGCAAUUUCAAGACUACAAAUUCAAUCCGGGUAAUCUAAUGGAAGCAACAAUGGACAUACACUGGCAGAAUGAGAAAACUUUUGCAGCAUGUAGUAAUAACACUGUUAUUUAUGUUUGUAGAUUGGGUUUAGAAAAGCCUAUCAAAUACUUCAAAGGCCAUGAGCGCGAAGUGAAUGUUCUGCGGUGGGAUCAGUCGGGAACUUAUUUGGCAUCAGGUUCUGAGGAUAGAACAGCUAGGAUAUGGUCCUUGAAAUCUGAGGAAUGUUUGCACACUCUACAAGGACAUUUAGGUAGUGUUGAGGUUGUCAGAUGGAUGCCACCGAAACACAAAGAGCAGAAAUUCACUCUGGCAACCGCUAGUCAGGACAGCACUGUUCGUCUGUGGAAUGCGAAAACUGGGGAUUGUUUACAGAACUACAACCGACACACGUGCGCUGUGCUUUCCAUUUGUUUUAGUCCAUGUGGUAGGUUCUUAGCCAGUGGGUCAGUAGAUAGAACAUUCAAGAUAUGGGGUGUGAAGGAUGGGAUGUUAGUUAACAAUUAUCAGGGUGGCGGUGUGAUAUCAGACGUUUGUUGGAACAGUACUGGUAACAAGAUCGCUGCUAGCAGUGAAGACACUAAUGUUAUCAUGAUAGAGCUAACUUCAGAGUCAGGAUCCUGAAGAAUAUUUUACCCCACUACACUAAAAUCAGUGUUCAUUACAUUGCAAUAUGCUCAUUAUUGAGAGAAAGAGAUAAGAUAACCAGAAUGUAUCGGUGUUUAAUAUUGUCCUUGUCAAAUCAAGACCUGAUGUGUUACUAUAUCGACCAGAGAAGAAUGAGUUAUUCAGUAUUAUUUGAUCAUUUUAAGAUCAUGAAUAUUUUUGUAGUUUUACAAAAUUCAAAUUUUACAUCUAGGAUUCCUGAUAUAAACCACCUAGAUGUUCAGUGGAAUUAGGAUUAUGGUUAGAGAACUUGGUUAGGGUUAGUACCUAUAUGAUUAGUAUAGGGUAGAAUUUCAUCGUAAUAUGCUUGGGAAUUCCACGGUGCUGUGUCGGGCUCUUGUCUAGUUUCCCCAUGAAUAACCUGCUUGUAAUAAUUAUAUCUUCCUGAAUGCUUAAAGUAAAUCCAAUUUACUCCAGAGGUUUAGUUAUAUAGUUAUAUCAGUACACCUGAGUUAAAUCUUUAUAACACUGGCUAAUCCUGCUUUGAAAUUGUAGACAUCCCACUGCUCUAGAUUCUUGACGUUUAAUGUUUUAUAUUAUGAUGUUAGCGGUUAUUUGAUUUUAUUACAACUUUACAAGACUGAA